GAAAUGCUAAUGACUAUCCAGAGUCAGAUGGCGGAGAACAAAACAGAGUCGAAUGCUAAUUUUGCAUCUCUUCAAUCAACCUUAGCGACUUUAAAAACCUCAUUCGACGGCCUUGAAAAGAAAUUGACGCGGGUUGAGAACGACAAUUCAGUGCUGAAGUCGCGUUGCAGCCAGUUGGAGGAGGCGAACUUGAAGCUGACUAAAGAAAUUUGCGAGUUAAAGUGGGUGACUAUGGAAUCCGAACAGUAUUCAAAGUUGCGUAAUAUCGAGAUACAAGGAAUCCCUGAAAAGGAGGGGGAGGACAUUUACCAAUUACUCAGUGCUAUCUCCAAAAUUCUCAAAGUGACAUAUCAACCCUGUGAAAUUUUGAUUGCGCAUCGACUGGCGCCCUCGAGAAACAAUUCCCCUUCAACAAUAGUGGUGUCGUUUGUACGUCGAUCAGUAAGAGCAGAAUGGCUUAAAGCAGCUAGAAUGAUCAAAAUAAAAGCGUCUGACGUGAUGACCUCAUUCCGAGCGACUCCAGUGUACGUAAACGAACACCUAACCAAGCGAAACAAGGAGCUUCUGAAGCAGGCGAAAAACAGCGUCAAGGCUGGAGACGAGAAAUAUGCAUGGGUGAGAGAGGGCAAGGUGUACGUGAGGAAGACGGCUGACGCGAGGGCGCGACGAUUGUACUGGCCGAACGACGACCAGCCCCCGACCGCAGCCGCCCCCGCCGCCGCUCGCAAAUCCACUCAGUGAAAUGUGAUUAAAAGUUGCUAAACCUUCUACUCGAGCUGCUGCAUUUUGAUUAAUU